UAUGGCGCCCAUCUCGCAGUUCAGUCCGAGGAUCGGCGCGAAGCGGCGGCAGUCGUGCGAAAGUGGGCGACAUGCAGAACGGUGCCAAAGCAGACAAGGAAGACGACGUGGGCUCCCACGCAUGCUCAGAAGAUGACAUCAGAGAUAGCAGAGAAGGCGGCUGCUGUGGGUGGGUGUCGGCCAUAUCUGUGGAGCCGGUUAUGUUCCUCUACAUGUUCGCCUUCAUGAUCACCUCUGUGGUCGAGCAGGCGUUCUUCGUGGACCGCGCCUGCAGGGUCGACCUCCGCCUCUCCGACGAGAUCUGUUCUAAUCUGCAGAACGAGACGUUCAAGGAUGACAACACAGAGGUGCAGGUGGUGGUGUCGACGUUCUUCCAGUGGAACCAGAUCGUGUCGCACGCGCCGCCCAUCCUGAUGGCAACGCUGCUGGGCGCCUGGAGCGACCGCCACGGCCGCAAGGGUCCGCUGCUGCUGGGGCUGGUCGGCAAGCUCUUCUACUCGGCCGCACUUGUCCUCAACGCUUCGCAAGCGGACUGGCCGCUGUCGACGGUGCUGUGGUCGGCGGCGCUGCCGUGUGCGCUGACGGGCGCCGACGUGGCCAUCUUCGCCAACUGCUUCAGCUACCUGGCUGACGUCACCACCAGGGAGCAGCGCACCCUGCGCGUCGCCGUCCUCGACGUGGUUUACCUCAGCACCAUGCCAACUGGCGUUGCUCUAGGCAAGUACCUGUGGGCGGGCCCGUUGCAGCGGUCGUACACGCUGAUGUUCGCGGUGAACGCGUGCCUGAUGCUGGCGGCCGUGGUGUACGCGGCGGUGGCGCUGCGCUCGAGGACGGCGCCGGGCCACGAACCGCUGCCCCGGCGCGCCGACGCCUGCUGCGCAGACUUCUGGGACUGGCGCGCCGCCAGGGACACGAUGGCCACGCUGGCGAGGCGGCGGCCGCGCCGGCGCAGGGCCAUCCUCUGCCUCAUCGUCAUCGCCGUCGCCUUCUACACUUUCCAGAGGGAUGAGAAGAACAUGACGUACCUGUACACGCAGCUGGUGUUCCACUGGUCAGCAGACGUGUACAGUGACUUCAAGACCUUCCAGUCUGCUGCCUACGUGUUGGGCGUGCUGCUCGGAGUGCCUCUGAUGAGCCGCCUGCUGCGGCUGUCGGACACCACGGUGGUGAUGGUGGGCGCCGUCGCCCACGCCACCGCGCGGCUGCUGUACGCCUUCGCCAGCACUUCCGUCCUGCUCUACGUCGGAGCUGGGAUUGCCGGACUGGGUCCCGUCGUGAUUGCUGUCCUGCGCUCAAUCGCUUCCAAGGUGGUUCCGUUACCUGAAAGGGGUAAGCUGUUCGCGCUGCUGGCCGUGGCGGACAACGCCGUGCCUCUGGUGUCCGGGGUGCUGUACUCGCAGCUGUACAACGCCACCAUCCGCACUCUGCCCUCCGCCAUCUUCUGGCUCACCAUCGCCAGCGAGGUCGUCGUUUUCUCCUGCACUGUGAUCAUCCGCAUCUUCCUGAGGAGGGCGCCCCUGGACGCUGCCGACGUCGAGACCACGGGAGACUCCGGCGAGACGUGACAACUGCCGGCCACUGCACCAACUCCAACGCUCGCCAGCUCACUAGUCCGCCGACGUUGCCCCUCGACCUCUGCAGCGCUCUGGCUUAGCUUGUGUGCCAGAUACUGCUACAGACCAGCUGCACUGGAAAUUUGUAACAGUGGAUCGACCUCUAUCUGCCACGUCUGAGUUCAAACCAGUGCGAUCAUUCCACAUUGUGACAAUUUCUCGUGUACUCUCAGAACUUUUAUACCACACCACUACGGAUGCGUACGUUUAGAAGAAAAUAAAAUAUUUUU